AGUACGUGGCGUGUUGGACUUUUGGAAAAUGUUAUCAGCUGCUACCCGCCCUAAAAUCUUCUUCUUUUUCUCUCUAUCAAAUUUUGCAGUAGGAAAAACAAAACCCUAGAAAUGGUGGUGGCUGGAACAUAGUGACAGAUGAAGCUCAUUCAAGUCUCUUCCGCUCAGUCCAGAGCUUCUCUGUAUUUUCUCCGUGGCGGAGUGACCUCUCGGACUCCCAAGCCACGCUCUGCUUCCUCCGCAGCUCCCAAAGUCGGAGCCUUUAGUUCGAGCCGUCUCUCAGUGUGUGGCUUUUGCAGGACCCUUCAUCGAAACCAAGUAGCUAUGGGUGGCAUUGUCAGAUUAGCAACGACAAUGAGCAAUGCCUACUGCACCGGAUUCUGCAGGUCUCACCAUAAAGCAGUAGAAUUGCUAUCCUCAAGGAAGGUAGGGUUUAGGAAAGAUAUUUUGAGGCCUUAUUCCACAUGCACCAAAACACUGAUCUCUCCGGUUGUCCCUCUUGUCAUUCAUCGUCCCCCAUCAUCACUGGUGCUAGCCACCCGGCUUUCUCCGUCUGAUGCUCCCCAACGAUCAGAGGAAUGGUUUGCCCUACGCAAGGACAAGCUGACCACAAGCACCUUCAGCACUGCCUUGGGAUUUUGGAAAGGGACCCGCCGGCCAGAGCUCUGGCAAGAGAAGGUAUUUGAAUCAGAGAAACAAAUUGUGGAAGCUUCUAAGAGAGCCAUGGAGUGGGGCGUGCUCAACGAAGAAGUGGCCAUUGAAAAGUACAAAAGCAUCACAGGUCGUGAAGUGAGUUCAUACGGAUUUGCUACCCAUGCAGAGGAGCGAUAUGGUUGGAUUGGUGCCUCCCCAGACGGUCUUCUCGAGGGUCUUAUUGAUUGCUAUCAAGGCGGUGGGAUACUGGAAGUGAAGUGUCCAUACAACAAGGGGAAGCCAGAGAAGGCUCUGCCCUGGUCAACCAUGCCUUUCUAUUACAUGCCUCAGGUGCAAGGCCAAAUGGAGGUACUGGACAGAGAGUGGGUUGAUCUGUACUGCUGGACACCGAACGGAAGCACAAUAUUCCGCGUGUGCAGGGACCGGAGUUACUGGAACUUGAUGCAUGGAAUUUUAAGGGAAUUCUGGUGGGAAAAUGUGGUUCCGGCUAGGGAGGUUCUAUUGAUGGGGAAAGAAGAAGAUGCCAAGCAAUACAUUCCGACUUCUACACACAAGCAAACAGGCCUUGCCAUUGUCAAAAGCUUGAAGCUUGCCAGUGAGUCUAAGCUGUUGUGUAGAGAAAUUGCAGGUCAUGUCGAAUUUUUGUAGACGAUAGGUUCAGUAAAAGGAUGAGGGAAAUUGAUCCUUGUUUUGUUUUCCCUCCCUCCCUGGCUUGAAGCUGUAAUCCAACGGUUCCCGAAUGUUCCUAUGUCUGUCGGGAACAUCGACAUAUGUGCGAACCAUCGUGUAAUCUCAGCGAUAUCAUGGAAAUACCGCCGGCCUGGGAGUAAAAAUGGCUUUUCCCCUCAAAUUUCGGUGUUUGGUACUUGAGAAAAGGGGACAUUUCGGCCGAAAUGUAGGGAGACGAUGUGCAUCUAAGAUGAUAAACUUACCACUCUCUAAAACAGGCAUUGUCUGUAUGACAUGGUUGGUUAUAAUUUACAGGGCUGGGCAUGGAUGUAGGUUUUAGAGUUUGACUUGACUGCUAGUUGCCUACUGCUCGGUCAACCGCAGUUGAUAGACAUGGCGAAAUCUUGUGUGUAACCAGUUAUUUACGUUCGUUAUAAUCUUUUGCAUCAUGUGAAUUCCG